ACGUCAGAUGCAGUGGUUUAAAGCUCUCGCAGACGAUUGGUGUUUGGAAGAACUCAACGUGCAUUAAACGACAGAGGACACCCGUCACUUUGGAAAGCGAUCGCUACGAAAUUGUAACUCACACUGGAUGUGAAUGAUACAUUUAGUACAAUAUUUUAUCAACAAGUACGGAACACGGAAUAAUAUAAUAUUUAGUUUGAAAUUGCACGUAAAUAAUAUUAAUUACAAUUUGUAAAUAUAUAUAAAUUAAUUUUAAGCAAUAAUCUGAGACAUUAUGCUCUACAGAACACCAGUGGCUCUUCUUCUUCUCAGCAUAUACAUUGUAGCAGGAAAUGAAAAAGUGGCCAACGAUGACAUGUCAGCGUCGGUCGCAACAGGAGAGUCCUACGACCGCGUCCGGAGAUCCGGGCUCAGCAUGCUGCGUUUGGGACGGGGAUUGCAAAUGCUGAGGCUCGGCAAACGGGCACUUCCAAUGCUGCGACUCGGCCGGUCCAAUCCAAAUGGGAUUACGGAUGAUGACAUUCAAUAUCUAUUGUCUAUCGUUAGACAAGAUAGACAGGUGCCUCUUCCCAGAUACGGAAAAGACAUUAGCAAAGACCUCGCCUUUCAAUACAUGCUGAUGAAUGCUCUUAAGAAUGCGGAAGAAAACAGUAAUGAGUAUUUCGACAAUGAUGGUUUCGACAAUGUUGCAUACGCCUUCCCAUAUGAAUCCACAUCCGAGCGUCAGAUCCGACCCGCUCCGCGACCAGGUUAUCGGUACCGACGCUCUGUCGAUGGUGAAUCUUCAGGAACUAACUCCAAUGACGAUAAAGACAUUCUUUCUUCCGACAACUCAUACAAACUGGACGGUCUUUCUGACGACAAAGACAAGUACAGCCGCGUAGCACCUCUGAUGCGAUACGGAAAACUCGCCGUAGAUAUGCCCGAGUAUGACGAAGAAAUUGAGAAAAGGAACGCAAUGCGCAUGCUCCGCUUAGGUCGAGGACUGCGCAUGCUCAGAUUGGGAAAACGUCCAUCGUACUCGGAAUCGGAAGAAUUUUCAGAGGCCGAUAAACGAGGUGCCCUCCGACUGCUUCGUCUUGGCAAGCGAUCAGGCUUCCGGAUGCUAAGAUUAGGACGGGGCCCCACCGACCCUGAGGGCGAAAACAGGGCCCUGGGUUUACUUGGCUUGAUGGAAAAGACCGAGGAGAACGAAUCGUGAGAACACCAUUCUGCCAGAACGUGCGGAAAUUAAAAUUACAUAUUUACAUAAUAAGCAUAAUAUCAUUUAUCAUUUUUGGAUAAUAAAAACCCGAACAAAAAGGAUAUAAAUUGAUCUUUAGCAGUUCAGAGGGCAGAGGCUCGUAUGAAAUGCAUAGCGGCAUACCACUUUUAUGUGCUUGUUGUUUUAUUGGUUAGUUUCUAUUAUUUAAUUAAAACUGUUUUAAGAAUCAAAUGAAUACAAAAUAAAAACGAUUAUCUAAACACAAUUAUAUAUAUAUAAUUAUUAAAGUUACGAAUUAAACAUAUUACUAAACAAAA